AUGUUAGCAUCCGAAGUACCGUUAAGUGAAAGACAGCAUAUGAUACCUCAUGAAGGAAACCUUGAGGGACACAAUGCGGCAGAAGUUGUUCAUACAACAACAACGGUCGUUCGAAAAAACGUUGAUGGUAAGGAAGUGGACCAUGAUGACAAAAGCAAAUUUAUUGCUAUUAUACGACCAUUAUUAGUCGAAUUGAUUGGAACAUGUUGUUUUGUUUUAAUUGGUUUGUUUGGCGUAUGCAGUGCUGGUCCAGGUGUUGUAGCAGCGGCAUUUGCAUUUGGUUUAGCAUUAAUGGUGUUUGCAGCCAGUUUUGGUCAUAUAAGUGGUGUUCAUUUUAAUCCGGCCGUAACACUUGGUGUCUUACUAGCUGGUGAAGUUCAACCCAUGAUGGCUGCUUUGUAUUUUGUUAUGCAACUUUUGGGUGGUAUUGCUGCCGCCGGUCUCGCUAAAUUACUCUUACGAGAUGGAGUUUAUGCAUCAUGUAGAGGAGGAGCUACAUUUUUAAGUACAUUUAAAGCUUUUAAUCACACCUUGAUUGGUGGUAAUUCUUAUCACUAUUAUGCCGAAGAUGCAGUAAAAUGGUGGGAAGGCAUAUUAAUUGAAUUACUUGUUACAUUUGUAUUUGUCACGAUUAUAUUGAUGGUUGCAUUAGAUACAAAGUCGAAAACUGGUCUUGCUCCAGUGUUAAUAGGAUUUACCCUCGUUGCAGCUAUUUUGGCGGCUGGUGCAUUUACAGGAGGCUCAUUGAAUCCUGCACGUUCAUUAGGUCCAGCUAUAUUUGCGAAUGAAUGGCGAAAUCAUUACGUUUACUGGGUCGGUCCUCUUGUCGGUGCAGCAAUCGCUGGAUGUUUAUAUCGGUUUAUUUGGGCACAUUCUGAUCGACGAAUUCCACGACGUACAAAGACUAAGUUAAAUGCAGCCGUAAGUUUAGUACUCGAUAAAAUUAUGGAAGUAGCCGACCUAAUAAUUCCCCACAAAAUCAGCACUCAAAAAUCUGGUAAAAAAGCCAGACAAACUUCUUUUCAUACUAAUCUUGUUCAAAAUGUUCGUCGUCUAUUCCGUUCCGAUAAAUGCUUACAAUUUUUGUUUACAAGUGUUCUUGAUGAAAAAUUUCAUUGUCAAGAAUGUGAUUAUAUAUUUUCAAACAGUGUUGCUGACGUUGUACACGAAAUUCAAGAGGUCACCUCAGCAAUGUUUUCAAAAGAAACUCAAACAUCAUGCACAUGUUUUCGAUGCAAUGAUGCUAAUCAAACGAAGACAUUCUGCUUUAGACAGACUGGACCAUGUCUUGCAUUGAUGACCAGUCAAUUAAAAGAUUCAAACAAUGAAUUAGUGACACAGUUAUCUAGUCAAAAUGGUUUGUACACUCUGAUAUAUAUAAUCGAGUUGGAAAAGACACAGAAAUCGAUUGUGAACGUUUAUCAAAGGACAGAUGAUUCUUGGACAAAAUUCGAUGGACACAAAACAGCCCCGGUGCGGAAUGUUGAAUGCAAUGGGAAAAUGUUAACAUUGUGGUUGUCUGAUACACCUACGCCAUUGCCAUCAUCGACAUUAUCUUCGAAAGCAAAUGAACUACUACAACAAACUGUUCCGUCAAUAUCUACCGUCUCAGUUCAACUACCAAAACAAAAACCGGAAGAUGUUCUACAAGCGUUAUCAUUCCACUCACCAUUGCCUUCAAGUUGUUCUUCGUUGAAUAUCGCCGCUACGAAUGAUUCAUCUGUUGUCACAUUUAAUUCAGUUGAAACACCAAUAUUAAGUACGGAAGAAACUAUUACCGAUUUAUUGCCAAUUUCAAACACGAAUAUAGUGUCUUCAAUGGUUGUUGAAAAACCAGAUGAAACAGCAGUGCAUGCACAAGAAACAUACCAGAGUUCUAGUACAAUAACAUUUGACGAUUUUCUCCCAUCGACAAAUAAUGAGUCAUUUUCAUACGAUAUGCCAACAGAUUUUAAGACAAAUAUUCCAGAUGAAGCUGAUAAUAUUGAUGAUUCGUUUUGGGAUUCUAUAGGCACGAAUAAUUCAUCAACAAUUAUUACUAACGACGAGGUAAUGCCAAAUGUUCCAUAUACAUCGUCUAGUCUUAAUUCAGACACUAUCGAAACAUCGUCGACUUCGACUAUUAGGAAAAAGCCAUCGUCUGCUUCUUCCACUGUAUCAACAAUAUCAAAAACCGAUUCAGUUGGUGAUUUAUUUCUAACUUUAUUUAAUCAAACAAAAGAAGAACAUCAAGUAAAAUAUCCGAAUGCUAGUCAGCGUGUUAAUCAUGAUAUUGCCGUAAAUGCAUUAGCAUCAAAUGUUUUAUGGCCAUUAUUAGUAAAACAAACGAAACGAAAAUUAAAUAACUCAAAGACAACGAGAACAUCAUCAUUAUCUGGUUUAUCGGAUAGUCAGGAUUCAUUCGAUAGCAACACAUUUUCAGCAUUGACCUAUCCAAUUCAGACAUCACCGUCCUCUUCCAUAUCGUCACAAAAUGGUGAGAGUCAUAUGAAUUUAGAAAAUUUAAAACGAUUUUUAAAUAGUACUGAACCAACUGCAAGAACAAAAACAUCAUUAAAAACAACUGCUUCUAAAAGUAGACGUGUAACACCCUAUACAACCAAUAAAGAUAAAUGA